ACAAAAAUCACAAUAAAAAUCUCCAAAAAAUUGAUUUAAUUAAAUAUCUCAUUAAAAACAGCUUUUAUACAGUCAUACAAGCAUCAGAAACAAAACCAACAUAAAUAUCAUCAUAUGAAGCGUAAAAAAACACAAGAUUUAAGUGAUUAAAAGCUGAAGAAAGCAAAUUUUGUACUGUAAUGUAAAACAUAAACAAAAACAUAGUCCAAACAUGAUACUGCCCGAGAAUUUAUGCAGACUUUGUGCUGGAAACUUGGAAACAUUUGUAUUUUUCCACAAUCUGAAAGACUUUAUAGCUAUCCAAAAGCUUGAAUUGCCAGUCAGCGAUGAUGCAAGAAUCUGUUCAUACUGUUAUGUUAAAAUCAAUAAGAUCCAAAAGUUUUGGGAACAAUCAAUUAAGAUUCAGGACUUUUUCGCUUACAUAAAUGACACGAAUGUUGACGAGAGUAAGCUUAAUGAAAUUAAGAGUCAGUUUGACUUAUGUCAGCAAAGUGAUCAAUGCACAGACACUGACGAUCUUUGUAAAAGUGAAUUUGUGAUAGCAGAAAAAGCAGCAUCCAUUAAUGAUUGUGCAGACAUGAAUAACGAGCAUACCUUUACGGAACUAGAUGAUUUUGCAGAGAUUCCAACAAUGGCAAUAUCAGAACAAAACUUUGUCAUUGAAAACAUCACAGAAAGCUCAGAAGUUGCAGACGAGAUUGAAAUUUCCUACAAUACAAUUGAGGAUAGAGAGAUUAAGGAAUGCGAAGAUAAAAUUGAAGACUUAGAUUUUUCAUGUCACAUUUGUAAUGAAGAAUUUAAGAGCUUUUUUGGCUUGUAUAGUCACGUACGAAAGAUCCACGAUUCCAUUCCACAAGUUCAAUGUUCCUGCGGUGAAAUUUUACACUCAAGAAUGCAGAUUAAUUCCCACAAAAAGCUUCAUUCAUUAGAUAAUAGCUACAAAUGUCAUAUGUGUGACAAAGUAUAUUCACAUCAUCAAUCUUUACAAAAUCACGUAAAGAAAACUCAUGCGGAACAAGAAUGUAAAGCUUUUAUAUGCAGUCGUUGUAGUCGAGAAUUUGAUAGUGAAAGAAAAUUGAAACUGCAUGAACAAGUGCAUUUACCAGAUGACAGGAAGCUCAUUCAUCCGUGUCCAUUUAUAGAAUGUGAUAAGAAAUUUUCAAAAUCUGUUAAUGUGCAAGCACAUAUAAAGUCUGUCCAUAUAAAAGAACGUCCAUUUUUGUGUAGUCAUUGUGGUAAGAACUUUAGUACGAAAGGAGCUUUGAAAGAGCAUCAAAUUAUACAUAAUGACGAGUAUCCACAUGAAUGUAAAUUUUGUAAAAAGAAAUUCAAGAAUUUGCCGAGAUUAAAGACACACGAAGACAUACACAGCACAACUCAAUAUAUCUGUAAUGUUUGUGGAAUAUCACUCAAUACGAAAAGAACGCUCAAGAUGCAUAUGGUUAUUCAUUCGGAUCAAAAGCGAUUUAAAUGUGAAUUCUGUCAAACGAGCUUUAAAAGAUCAAAAGCUCUCAAAAAUCAUUUGAUUCUGCACUCGGGUCUUCGUCCUUAUAGCUGUCCAUUUUGUGAUAAAACUUUUUCGAAUGGAUCAAACUGCCGGAGUCACAAAAAGAAAGCUCAUCCAUCUGAGCUAGCAGCAUUUGAAGCUUCUGGAAAAAAGACAUCGUUGCCUAAUAUUCCUAGACUGGAUCAACUGAUUAAUAAAACGCAGGAUCAAUUAGUGAUAGUGGAUGCGCCCAACAUCAUACUUCAAGAUGUAUCGACGAGCAACAUAAAAUUAGAAACUUCAUCAGCAACGAUGAUAAUCCAAACAUCUGAAAGCUUUUGAAAUUCAUUAAAAUCACGUAUCGUUGUUGUCAAGUUUAAAGCUGGAAUUCUCGAGACUGACAAUGAAAUAUGAAAAUUUAAAUGAAAAAGACGAUAAAUGUGAUUUACAGUAACAAUAAAAGCACG